AUGUCGUCAGAAGGACUAUCGGCGAGCGAGGUGGACGCGUUGCCCGACAGGAUCGCGGAGACCUUCGCCGGGAUGACCGUCUUCAUCACGGGUGGAACCGGAUUCAUGGGCAAGGUGUUGGUGGAGAAACUUCUCAGAAAGUGUCCAGAUGUCGAGAAGAUUAUUCUGCUGAUUCGCCAAAAGAAAGGGAAAACUCCGAAACAAAGGUUGGAAGAACUCUUGUCGGAUGCGUUGUUUGAGAAGGUGCGCAACCUCCGCGGAGGUGUGGAACCACUCCUGGCUAAGAUGGCUCUAGUCUCCGGUGACGUCGGCGAAAGAGACUUAGCAUUGAGCGAGCAGGAUAGGCAGAUGGUCACCGAUGAAACGGACCUCAUGGUUCAUGCGGCAGCUACUAUCAGAUUCGACGAAGAACUGAAGAAAGCUGUUUCGUUGAACGUUCGUGGGACUAAACUCAUUUUAGAAUUAGCGAGACAAUGCAAGAAGUUGAAACUCUUCUUCCACGUGUCAACGGCGUACUGCCACCUCCACGAGAAGCUGCUGGAGGAGAGGCCGUACCCUCCCCCUGCGGACCCUCACAAGAUCAUCGAAGCGAUCGAGUGGAUGGACGACGAGACCAUAGCGACCAUCACUCCCAAGUUGUUGAGCAAGCUCCCGAACUCUUACGCGUUCACGAAGGCGCUGGGCGAAGCGCUCGCAGUAGAGGCCAUGAAGGACAUUCCCCUUAUUAUCCUCCGACCGUCUAUCGUGAUCCCAAUCUGGCAGGAGCCCAUCCCCGGGUGGACAGACAACAUCAACGGACCCACGGGUCUUCUCAUCGGUGCCGGCAAGGGUGUGAUAAGAACAAUGUAUUGCAAAGGGAACAGUUACGCGGACUACCUUCCCGUGGACGUGUUCAUAAACGGUAUCAUGAUCUGCGCGUGGAAUUAUCUUCAUUACGGUGACAAAAAAUCGAACGUGAUAAAUUUCACGUCGUCGGCGGAGAUCAAAGUGACGUGGCUCGAGAUGAUAGAAGCGGGUCGAGAGAUCGUCAUGAACAGGGUUCCUCUUAACGGCGUCGUCUGGUACCCAGGUGGAUCCAUGAAACACUCUCGUCUAUAUCACAACAUCUGUGCCUUCUUCUUUCACUGGUUGCCCGCGGUGCUCGUCGAUAUUCUUCUAUUUUGUCUGGGAUACAAGCCAGUACUGAUGCGCGUGCACAGACGAAUCAGCAAGGGUUUCGACGUGUUCGAGUACUACACGAACAACCAAUGGGACUUCAAGUCCGAUAUCGCGCAGACAGUGCGACAGAGACUCAACACCAGAGAGAGACGGGACUAUAAAGUAGACGCCAUCGGUCUGGACAUAUUGAAGUACUUCGAGGAUUGUAUCAGAGCCGCUCGAAUAUACAUACUCAAAGAGUACGACGACACUCUGCCGGCCGCCAAAAGGCAUAUGACAGUCAUGUGGGUAGUUGACAUCGUGUUCCGGUGCCUCUUCUGGGGACUGAUUCUCUAUUGGCUCAGCGGCGCGGCCACUACCCUCUUCAUGAGUCCGGGGCCGAGAGACGUCACCGCCACAAUAAUGGAGUAA